GACAAUAGCUAACUUGGGAAGACUUUGCCAUGCGAGGAUAGCCUGACUUGCCCGUUUUCUGUUCAUUUGUGAAUUUGACCGCCCGUCAUGGAAUCUUCUCCCCUUUGUAGUAUUGUAUAUAAAUUAUAAUCCUUCGUUACAACCCAUGUCAAGUUCAUAAAGCGAUAAACUUUUAUAGAAUCGUAUUGAAAUUGAAUUUCUCAGAGAGAGGGAGAGAGCAAGAUAGCAGAGAGAGAUGGCAGUUGGGAUAUUGGAGGUGAUGCUUGUGAGUGCAAAGGGGCUUGGAGACACCGAUUUAUUCAGUCGUAUGGAUCCUUAUGUUCUGAUUCAAUACAAAGGCCAAGAGCGCAAGAGCAGCGUGGCUAGAGAGCAAGGCAGCAGUCCGGUGUGGAACGAGAGAUUUACAUUCAGGGCAGAGUAUCCAGGGUCAGGGGAGCAGUACAAGGUCACCCUCAAAAUCAUGGAUAAAGACACCUUCACUGCUGAUGACUAUAUAGGAGAAGCAACGAUAUAUGUUAAGGAUUUAUUGGCACUGGGUGUGGAGAAAGGAACUGCUCAACUUCAUCCUCUUAAAUAUAGUGUUGUUCGUGCAGAUGGUACUUAUCGUGGGGAGAUUCAAGUUGGUCUAACUUUCACUCCAAGGGCAGAACAGCAACAUGAGGGACAAGAGUUUGGAGGAUGGAAGCACAGUGAUGCAUAUCCAUAGGGAAACAAAUUCCACUGCCGCAGAUGAGCUUGCGAAGUACAAACUAGUUAAAGCUCCUUGAAGAGGAUUGGGCCCGUGUUGCUAGGUUUAGGCUUAUUUGUAGUUAGUUUUCUGUGUGUUGUUGGGCCUUGAUCCUCCUUGUAAUCUCUCCAGUUCUUAAUUUGUAGCUUUGAACUUCUGAAAUUCCAUGGCAAAGAAAGAAAGAAAAGAAAAGAAAACGCAAAUUCGUGAUGAAUUAUGUAAUCAGUGAUUCAGUUGGUAGAUAAAUGAAAUUAUGUUUGAUAU